GGCUUACGGGAGCUGCUGGCUGGCCCCGCAGCUGCGUGCGGUGGUACCCAGGGCGCGCCGCGAUGCCGAGCCCGCGGCUUUUGGUGCUCUUUGGCAGCCAGACCGGCACGGCCCAGGAUGUGUCGGAGAGGCUGGGCCGCGAGGCCCGGCGCCGGCGUCUUGAGUGCCGGGUGCAGGCCCUGGAUUCCUACCCUGUGGCCAAGGAGACCCCCCUGACAACAUGAAGGUAAGGAUGACCUGAAGGAGCUUUCUUUGCUCAGGAGCUCAGAUCCCUGCCCUGCACCCUCACCCCAUUUUCAUUGUCUGGAGAGUCCAAUAAGUGCAAUAAGUAGUUGUCCUCCUGUAUCUGCUGCACCUUAGCUGUGGAUUUGGGAGGUUAUCUUUGGAUGCAUCUGAGGGCCCUGGUUGUCCUCCUUAAUAAACUUUUCCCAGGCCACCAAGUAGCCUUGUUUUCCAUUUUAACCUUGCAUAUUUUCUAGGGCUGUAUAUAAAUCUAGUGUGGGUCUUGUGUGUAUUUUAAAACUGUUUGACCUUCAGAGAACAUUCUUCAAUUCUUUCACCAUCUUUUGAGCACCCAUCCUACUUCCAAGCAUAAUCUAGUACUGAGAAGCCAGCUGCGAACCCAGUAGCCACAUGUCGACCCUCACAGAGCUCUCCAUGUGCUAUAAACAACAAGUUCAACGGGAAGUUACAGUGCCAGAUGUUACAGAAGCAUGAAUAAAAGAGUUCUCUGCCUGAACCUGGGGGCUCAGGGAGAGCUCUCAGGAGAAAAGAGCGUGGACUAAGUCCUCAGGGAUAAGUGGGGGCUGGCAAGGCACCAAGAAAGAGGGAGCAGCCUGUGCAGAGAAGAAAAAGAGCUCCACCUCUGGGAAGAACAGAGAACAGUUCAGGAUGGCAGAGCCAAGGAGUGUUUCAGAUUGGGAAGCGAGGCAGGAGCCCAGGCCCAGUCCCAGAGAGCCGAGCAGCCACAGUAGGCAGGUAGACUUGGAGUGAGGGACCCUGGGGAUACGGGACAUGGCAACACCCAUAUUCUGGCAAAACUGGCACUUGUCUGCAGGGGGACAAGCUGUAGGGGAAUAAGAACAACCCUGGGAGAGGCAUAGUACAGGCAAGAGACUGGCAACCUGAGGCAGGGUAGUGGCAGAGAGUGGAGAAAGGAGAGUCUGUUACAGAGAUGUUAAGAAGUAAAAUCAGUAGGACACGGGAUCAGGUGGAUCUCAAAUACAGGAAGGCAGGUGAAAUCGAGACAGGAGAGAUGGGGAGUGCAAGGUGCUGGAAGGUUGAUGUGCUCAAAGAAGGAUCUGGGUAGAUGUUGGAGUGGCCAAAAUUGGAAGGUGUGAGAAAGGAAGCCUCUCCUUCCAGGACAGGCCACCCUGAACACUAAGGGCAUGGUAGGUGGAAAGAAACCUGUGGGGGUGGGGGGGCAGGAACAUGGCUCCAGGAGCAAGAAGAGGGAGUGCACAGUCUCCAAGGUCAAGGUCAGGGAGGUGACUGUUCAAGAGGAAGGUCUCCUGCAGAGCCCCAAGAUGUGAAGUAAUGUCAGGCCUGAGAGGCAUCAGUGGGGUUUGUUUUAGGGACUUUCAUCAGUGGGGUUUGUGUUUAGGGUGACCUCGGGGAGGGCAAUUUCAGGAGCCCACUGGGAGAAAGGGAUCACAGGGUCAUGAGAAUCAGCGAGUGAGUGUGAGUGAGUGGAGAGAAUGUUUAAGAGCAUCUGUACAUUAUAAACAAUUCAGAAAAGAUUCUGGCUGUGAAUGGGGUAAGGGGUUAAAAAGAAGUUAUUUAAGGUGGGAGAAACUCGGGCCUAUUCCCAUGCUGGUGGGGAAAAAGGCUGAAGCCUAAAGGGCAGGAUGAUGUGGGGGACCCAGGGAGCAGCACCCCAGCACAGGUUGGGGGGGUAUCUCCUUGGAUAGGAAGGGGGAUGGGAGAGAAAAUGAGUCCAAGGGCGUCAAAGGCAGGAGAUGAGUGGUGGAUGCCGAAUACACAGGGCGUGUGGGGCGGUGGGGGACAGAGAGUUCUAUCAGUGCAGCUGGGCUGGGAGGUCAGGACAGGGGUGCAGACUCAAAGUCAGAAGCCAGUGGCAUGAAGGGAUGAAGGUGAAUAAGAGUGCAGAGAGGGAUACCCACCAUGGAGACAGGGGUCCUUUCCCGGCACAGCAGGGACUGGAGGCUUCUUUGAGAGGCCGCAGACUGGGGUCAUGGAGGCUGGGCAGAGCUCAGUGACCAGCUGGAUACCAAACAGGAAGAUGCUGGCCUCGUGGCAGUCCUUUGAGAACACCCAUCAGACACAUCUGAGGCAGUGGACAGGAGGAGCGCUCGUGGAAGCCAAGCGACCCCAGUAGAAGGCCUGGCAGCUGGGCCCCUGCCCCAUCUCCUGGCUAUGAAACCUGUCAAGUGGCAGGCCUGAACUCACAGUUUUCUGCCAGCUGCUUAAGCACAAGUAGACCACAAAACAGCCCCGACCUUGGGAAGACCCCAGUGGGGGAGACCAAGGGAAACACGAGGAGCUGGGGGAGCAGAGACAGAGCAGCCCCAGGGGCUCAGCAGCAGCAGGGCAAGAGCGCGGGCCAGGGCAGAGCUGGAGGCCGCAGCGACACUCUGAGCCGGCCUCAGAGAAAAUUUCAAAGACCAGAAGAUAGAAUCGAGAGAUUCCUCCCAAAAAGUGUAACAAAACAUGAGACAGGAAACAGAGACCAGAAUUCUAAGAGCAUUCCAGUAGCCUCAGAAAGAGGGCAAAAAAAAAAAAACAAAACAGGUGGGAGGAAAUUAACAAAAUGUCUCACAACCGAAGGAGAGGUCCUCAGCCUGAGGUCCUCGGCCUGAGCGUCCACUGUGUAUCCGGGAAGGGCCUGCUGUGAAUGAAGAGGCUCCGUGGAGGCACGUCCUGUGCUUCAGCUGUUGAGAAGAGCGUGCCCAGGUGGCUGGUAAGGUCCAGAGCGAGGUUAGAGGGACACCAGGCCCCGCUUUGAGCAGUCUCGGGUCCUUAGGGAAGAUUUCGGUGUGCCUGCCACUCUGACAAUGCGAGAGCGAUAUCAGGGCAUUCGAAGAUGAAGCCAUGAGAACGGGGUCAUCACCGAGCCUUUCCCAGGAAACGACCUGGAGAAAUUUCUCUACGGGCUUCAGGAAACAAGUCUUUAAGCACAGGUGUGCAGGGGAGGUCUCAGGGCGGAACGGGUGUGGUCCCCAGCAGUGGCCGGUGCAGCCGAGUCCUUGAGAAGGCCAGGGGUAGUCCAGGGCCAGUGGGAAAAGCUGGCCAGGGCCCUGGAGGUAUGAGUCAGAAGGGAGGUGGGGGCACCAGGAGAAGCCACGUAAGCCUGGAAGGGCAUGUAAUGGGCCAGUGGGUGGCCAGUGACUUGGAGGUGAGGGGGCUGAGGUGUCAGUCCUUAGCCCCCACACAGGGUCAGGCAGAAGCCGUGGAGCUGGGGAGCAGGUGCAACUCAGGGCCCAGGGUAGGAGAGAAUUCCGCUGGUGGGGUGAAACUAGGGCCACAGAGGGGCCAGGCCUGACCACUCAGCCCAGAGGCUCAAGCCCAUGGCACAGGACUAUGAACUGAGGGGCCUUCAGGACAUGGUAUUUGGUAUGAUGCAGGAGAAGCCAUCCCCAGAGACAUCCAAGUAGGAGCAGGCACUGCCUCCAGAGCUGGGGGGUGGGCCAGCAGUGGCCACCUCCUGUGAGGGUCUUCCCCCCACUGUGAGGAGCCAUAGAGCCCUCUGCCCAGGGAAGGGGUGGUGCCUGACAUAGUGGUGGCUCUGGGGAUACUUUCUUGGAUGAUUUUCUGCCUAUUCCAUAAUUCAUGCCAUGGUGAUAGAGGAAAAAGUCUUGUCGUUUUCAUAACAAAGCUCUUAAGGAGAAGGAGAGUGAGGCCCUGGGAAGGUCCGGGACACAGGCCCCCUCCCAACCCCACUCUGGGGCCCUGGGGGGGCCUCCAUCUUGGUUUAUUCUGGUCGCAGGAUUUCUGGAGGUUCAUAUUCCGGAAGCACCUGCCUUCAGCCUCCCUCUGUCAGGUGGACUUCGCUGUCCUGGGCCUCGGGGACUCCUCUUAUGUCAAGUUCAAUUUCGUGGCCAAGAAGCUACACCGACGGCUGCUGCAGCUUGGGGGCAGCGCCCUCCUGCCUGUGUGCCUCGGUGAUGACCAGCAUGAGCUAGGGCCGGAUGCCGCCAUUGACCCCUGGCUGCGCGACCUGUGGGAGAAGGUGCUGGGGCUGUACCCUGUGCCCCUCGACCUUGGCACAAUUCCCCCCGGAGUCCCUUUGCCCUCCAGGUUUGCCCUGCAGUUCCUUCCAGAGGCCCCCAGGAAGUGCCCUGAGGAGCAGCAAUCAGCUGGGACAGACCCUCAGGGCCCCCCUUCAGAACUGCUGCCCUUCUUGGCACCCAUGGUGACCAACCAGAGGAUCACUGGCCCCUCUCACUUUCAGGAUGUUCGACUCAUCGAGUUUGACAUCACAGGCUCUGGGAUGAGCUUUGUAGCUGGUGACGUGGUGCUGAUCCAGCCCGAGAACUCGGCCGGCCACGUCCAGCAGUUCUGCCAGGCACUGGGCCUGGACCCAGAUCAGUGCUUCACACUGCUGCCGCAGGAGCUAGGUGUGACCUGCCCUGAGCGGCUGCCCCAGCCCUGCUCUGUGCAGCACCUCGUGUCCAGGUAUUUGGACAUCGCCAGGGUGCCCCGCCGCUCCUUCUUUGAGCUCCUGGCCUGUCUCUCCCCCCACGAGCUGGAGCGGGAGAAGCUGCUGGAAUUCAGUUCUGCCGAAGGCCAGGAGGCACUGCAUGACUACUGCAACCGGCCCCGCAGGACGGUCCUGGAGGUGCUGUGCGACUUCCCACACACAGCUAGAGCCAUCCCUGCAGACUACCUGUUGGACCUCAUCCCCCCGAUCCGGCCACGGGCCUUCUCCAUCGCAUCCUCUCUGCUGGCUCAUCCCUCGAGACUGCAGAUCCUCGUGGCUGUGGUACAGUACCAGACACGCCUCAAGGAGCCACGCAGGGGCCUCUGCUCCUCCUGGCUGGCAUCUCUGGACCCUGGGCAAGGACCUGUCCGGGUGCCCCUGUGGGUACGGCCUGGGGGCCUGACCUUCCCAGAGACACAGGACACACCCGUGAUCAUGGUGGGACCUGGCACUGGCGUGGCCCCCUUCAGAGCUGCUGUCCAGGAGCGAGUGGCCCAGGGUCAGACCAGGAAUGUUCUGUUCUUCGGCUGCCGCCAACGGGACCAGGACUUCUACUGGGAGGCUGAGUGGAAGGAGCUGGAGGAGAGGGGCUGCCUGACUCUCCUCACGGCCUUCUCCCGGGAGCAGGAGCAGAAGGUGUAUGUGCAGCACCGGCUCCAGGAGCUUGGGCCACUGGUGUGGGAGCUGCUGGACCGCCAGGGUGCCCACUUCUACCUGGCAGGCAAUGCCCAGCGCAUGCCAGCAGAUGUGUCAGACGCUCUGGUGUCCAUCUUCCAGGAGGAGGGUGGGCUUUCCAGCUCUGAUGCAGCCGCCCUCCUUGCCCGGCUCCAGCAGGCUCUGCGUUUCCAGACUGAGACGUGGGCCUGAGGACCCGUCCUGCCAGCCGGUCACUCUGACCACUGCCCUCCAAGGGGCCGAUGCCCCUUCCUCCCCUCCCUGUCUCACCCCAGGCAGGAGGAUGGCCAGCUGCCCUGCAGAGCUGCAUUCCAGUUGCAGCAGCCCACGCUCAGUGCUGACGAUGCCCAUCCACCACCCCACCCCACCCACAACCAGGCUUCCGCUUCUGCUGGCCUUUCCCUGCUGGCCCUGACUUGGGUCUUAGUCAGGGUGGUGACCUGGGCUGCCCCACCCUGUGCAGGCACGGUGACCCAGGAAGGCACUGGCAGCCUGAUGGGAUUCAGCGGCCCUCAGCGGCCCCUAGAGUUUCCAAACAGUUUAAACACUUGGGUAGACGGGGCCUGGUAGCUCUUCAAGGUGGUGCAGAGCCCCUGGGAGGGCCAAAUGCCUGUUUCUCUGCCCUGGGGGAUGUCAGGUGCACAGUCACCCUCUGCCACAUCUCUGUGCCAUGCUUCUAGUGCCCGCUGGCAUCUUAGGGCACCACCGGGCCCAGGCCAGGGCUAAAAUGCAGCGAGGACCCUGCAGAGCAGGAGACCCAGCCUCACACACCUUUCUCACAUGUGUCCAGGAAGCCUUAGCAAUAAAUUACGGGGCCUAGGUGGCUGCUUUGCCUGCU